CCGGGCGGUGGUGAGGGGUUGAGGGAUACGGCGGCGACCAGGCCGGGCUGGGGAGGGCGGGCAGGAAGAGCCAGGCGCGGACGGAGGCUCCCUUCGGCGCGGCCGCCGCCGAGCGGGAAGGGAGACGAGAGUGGGUGCGGUUCUGUGUAAUCGUUACUCCGGCAAACGCGGCUGCUGCUGCUGAGCGCUGCGGGGCCGCUCUGCGCCGUCGGUGCCGAGAUGGAUUUAACACAUCGGCUGGAGCUGUUCCCCGACUGCAGCGUGACGCUCCUCCUCUUCAACCGCGUGAAAAAUGCCGCUGCCCUCAGAAAAAAGGCCAUGGAAGGAUCCAUCGAAGGAGCGUUAAUAAACCCUGCAAUGAUUGUAGAUCCUUUUCAGAUUCUUGUGGCGGCCAACAAAGCAGUUCAUCUACACAAGAUAGGUAAAAUGAAGACUAGAACCCUCUAUGCAGAAAUUAUUUUCAGCCUCUCACCAAACAACAAUAUUUCAGAUGCAUUUAAAAAGUUUGGCAUUUCAGAUGGUGACACAGCAGUACUCAUUGUUCUGGUUGUGGACAGAGAAAAAAAUGUAAAUCUGGAAGAUAUAGCAUCUCAGGUAGAAGGCCAACAGGUUUCUCUAGAUGAACUCCCCCAACUAACAGACACUGCCAAAGUUAAAAAGAUGUACAAAGUUACUCCGCAGGAAGAAAAAAUCGGCACCUUAUUGGAUAGUAUUGUUUGCAGAAUGUCAACAAAAGAUGUUUUAUGAAAAUGUGGAAAUAAAUAUUUUUUUAAAGGAAAAA